CUUCGUCUGAGGCUGCUGGAUACUGCAAAUGGAAAAUGAUAUUCUGUUGGAAUACGAGGGCCCCUCUCCCGCAAUUACUGGGUAUUGCAAGGAUCAGAACUUCUCCCUAUCAUCCACAAGCAAACGGGCUGGUGGAAGAGUUUCAUCGUCCUCUGAAGGCAGCACUGAAAGCACACAAUACAGAGCAGUGGUCUGCUGUCCUACCAACGCUGCUGUUGGGAUUCAGAGCAGUUUACAAAGAAGAUCUUGGGGCCACCACAGCCGAAUUAGUGUAUGGAACAACCCUGCGUCUACCAGGCGAGAUUUUUCAUUCAUCACCAACUGAUGCUGAUCCAAAGGCACUCAUCGAUGAGUUGAAAUCGCAUUUCGAACUCAUUAGACCAGUCCCAACAUCUUGCCAUGGACAUAGAACUGUUUUUAUCCAUCCCCAUUUGAAAGACUGCUCCCAUGUGUUCCUGAGACAUGACGGAGUACGCAAGCCACUACAACCUCCGUACGACGGACCGUAUAAAGUUAUUUCCAGAAAUGACAAAACUUUCGAUGUAUUAAUGAAGGGUGCACAGCGCACCGUCUCAAUUGACAGGUUGAAACCAACCUUCUUAGCAAGUGAUGAUCCUCCACCUGUUCCUGCUAGUGCUCAAGCAGUAAGGACUCCAACUGUCCCGAUGACGGAUGCGUCUACUCAGCCAGCUGGUUUUGCCAACAAAACUACACGUGUUGGUAGAAAAGUUCAGCUUCCCCGAAGAUAUGUCCAUUUUCAACAACACUGCGGAGGGAGUGUGCAGCGGAUCGUCUCGCCAUUACGGCGAUAA